CUGUGACAUCAAGAUCAAGAGCUGCCACCACACAAACACGUCUGUCUGCUGCCAUGCCCUCAUCUUUCCCGUUCAGUUUCCGUUUCAUGUUUUAAUGUGACAUCUGCAGCAAGAGGACCAUGAGCUCUGAGGCAGCCCAACCCUGCCGUCUAAUCUUCUUCACGCCACAGUCGACCCAUAAUUCAUCCCAGCCACAAGCUAGGAAGCCUCACUCUGGUCGAGGCGGCAGGAGGACUGAGAUCUGGACCUUUGAGGCAACGGAAAUGCUGAUCCAGUUGGCGAAAACGUCGGCUGGAAAGCUCAAUGACAGGAAGACCAAGAAAAGCGUCAUAUGGCGUGAGGUCACAGAGAAAUUGCAACGUCUUUUGCCUGGGGUGUCACAGCAGCAGGUGGAAACCAAGUGGAGGCAGCUGAAGGCACAAUAUCGGAUCUAUGAGAACAACAAGACCAAAAAUGACAGUGGAAGGAGGGUUGAGCCAAAACAUUAUGACCUCAUGUCGUCCUUCCUGAAAAAUUGGCCUUUGUCAGAGCCUUCAAUUUACAUAUUGGAAGGCAGCUCCAGCAGCCUCGAGAGUGUGUCACCUCUAGAGUCACCGACAGACAGCGAGCCUCACACAGAUGAUGACCCUCUUGCAGCUUCUCUGUCACCACCACCUGCAUGUCCAGUUGAUAUCACCACCACCUCACAGGCCUCUCCUUGCCCAUCCCCUCCACCAGCAAAAACAAGGAGAAAAAUGAGGCCUGCCAAUGAAAGUGUGAAAAUCUAUAAGGUCUUGCAAGAAAUUAAGGUCCAGCAGGCAUUGUCGGCUUCCAGGAUUGAAGAGCUGCAUACGAAGCAACUCCAACUGUUGAGCAGCUUAAUCGAUCGUGAUGCGGCAAGACACAAAAUGGAAAUGGCCAUAAAGGAGGAGCAGUUGACCAUCCUACGGCUACGGCGCCAGGAAAUGGAAAACAGGAUUUCAACUUCAAAGUGAACAUGAAAGAUUUCUUCUCUAUUAAAAGUGUAAGUUUGA